CGGGCUGUGAGGAGCAGAGAAUAGGCCUUGUGUCCCUGGUAGUACUGUGGGUACCAGGCGCUGCCACAUCCUGCACAAAGGCAGCGUUUUAGUGCUGGAGAGGAGCGUGAGCGGCUGGAAUGAGUGACCUCUGGAACAGCGAGGAGGAGGGGGCCAUUUUAAUAGGAAUAAUACAGGGAGGGGACUGUAGCAGGAGACCAGGGAAUAGACACAUAGACACUGUGUGCAUUGGGAGUGGUUCAUGUUUUUGACAGAGGGCUUUCUGUUUGUCCCAGCCCCCUCAGCUCUAUUGGGUGGAUAGAGACAACGAUGUCACAGUGAAGACAGGGGCCAUUAUAUUCUUCUUAUGUCAUUGCCGGUGGCUCCCGGACGACAGAAUCAUUUUGACACGCGACAGGUCAAGAGAACAGACUCUAAGCAAGAGUCCGGAGCACGGCCAAGCUCUUUAAGCACCGACCUCUUGGCUGGAGGCUCUUAAUAUAAGAACAUCAUACCGAGAUAUGUGCCGGGUCCCAGAGAACCAGCCCGUUGAACUGGUGGGAAUGUUCUGGAACAGCAGGAUGUCCUCGGCUGCUGAGAAGGAGGACAGGGAGGACUGCUUUUUCAGCUGCAUGAGGGCUCAGGGGGUUAAGCCCCUAGGGUGUGGGCAGAGGCAAAGAGACUUGGAACAGGCCAGCACUGACUGCUCUCUGUGCCCCCAAAGAACCAUCCACCCGCUUGCGGCUUUGCAAGCAUGGCUGCACUUUUUCUCAUCUUCAUCAUCAUUGCUAUUGUCUUCACCCUCAUCCUUCAGUUGAAUUGUGAAGACCAGCUGAGAUUAGAUUAGCAGUCUGUGAUGCUGAAUCUCUGCUUUCUUUGUGUAAGGGUUUUAUGGUGCUGUUCUAGAACAAUGUUUCUUAAUGCUGGCAUAGAGAACUCCAUGCCUCGACAUACCUGAUGCAGCUCAGCAUGUUGUGUUGAGCUUGUUGAGAAUGUUAUGUGCAUUGCAGUGCUGUCCCAGAGCAUGGUCCAGUUGCUUAAGUCAGCAGACCUUGGGCGCCACAGUCUCCUUUACCUAAAGGAAAUUGGCCAAGAAUGGUUUGGAAAGGUUUUGCUGGGAGAGGUGAAUGCUGGACUCAACACCACUCAGGUGGUGGUGAAGGAGCUGAAAGCAAGUGCCAGCGUACAGGACCAGAUGCAGUUCCUGGAGGAGGCCCAACCUUACCGGACUCUCCGACAUCCUGCUCUCCUGCAGUGCCUGGCCCAGUGCACAGAAGUCACGCCCUACCUGUUGAUUAUGGAAUACUGCCCUCUGGGUGAUGUUAAGGGAUACCUCCGCAGUUGCCGAGCAGACUCUGCUACCCCCGACCCUUUGAUUCUCCAGCGAAUGGCAUGUGAAAUUGCCUCUGGCCUUCUGUACCUCCACAAACAUAAUUACAUUCACAGUGACCUGGCUCUCAGGAACUGUCUACUCACUUCAGAGAUGACGGUGAAGAUCGGAGACUAUGGCCUCUCCCACAGCAGGUACAAGGAUGACUAUUUUGUAACGGCAGAUCAGAUUUGGGUGCCUCUGCGAUGGAUUGCUCCAGAGCUCAUUGAUGAGGUUCAUGGCAACUUGUUGGUGGUGGACCAGACUAAGGCCAGCAACGUCUGGUCGCUGGGCGUGACAAUCUGGGAGCUGUUUGAGCUUGGGAACCAGCCAUACAGGCACUACUCUGACAGGCAGGUGUUGACUUAUGCUGUGAAGGAACAGCAGCUGAAGCUGCCAAAGCCUUUGCUGAAAGUGCCCCUGUCUGACCGCUGGUAUGAAGUAAUGCAAUUCUGCUGGCUGCAGCCAGAGCAGAGGCCCAUGGCGGAGGAAGUUCAUCUGCUGCUGAACUACCUGUGUGCUAAGGGUACCAGCGAGGCAGAGGAGGACUUUGAGAAGCGUUGGAACUCCCUCAGACCCAGCCUAGGUACCAGCAGUUCCCACAGAACCCCAGCAUCAUCGGAGGUAGCCUCGUCUACUUCCUCCUUCCCUCUGUUAGAGCACUUCUCCACAGCUGACAGCUUCCAGUCAGAGAAUGGUGAUGACAUACUGACUGUGACCGAGACCAGCCAUGGGCUCAACUUUGAAUAUAAGUGGGAGCAGGCCCGAGCUGAACAGCCCUACUGCUCCUCAUCUGCCAGUGGCCCUCUAGGACGGAGCAAUCCACAUUACCAGGACAUCUAUUAUCCUCUCAGCAGUACCGCAGGUAGCUGCAAAGGGGAGAGUCUCACUCUGGGAGUUUCCCCAUCCUACUACGAGCCAGAUCACCCAGGGGUGGUACCAGUACUGAGUGCACACAGUCCAUCUGUGAGCAGCGAGUACUACAUCCGCAUUGAGGAACCUGUAGAGUGCAACAUUAAUCUGGAAGAGGGCACUCUUGACUACAGUCCAGGAGUUGAAGCCAGCAAUAGUUGCUUCUCCACGAAUGACAUGAAAAGUCCCACAGAGGCUCAGACAAACACAUACUGGUCUGCAGCAAAAGACUCUAAAAGCAGUGCCUAUGAUUCAGAUGGCAGCCCAACUAUUUCUCUCACCUUGGAGCCACUUCAGAGGGGAGGUCUGAGCCCACUGGAAUCUGUAGAUCAAUCAAGACAAUACUUCUCCCCCAGUGACACAGACAGAUUCCAAUGUGAACAGUCAAUCUCAGCAGAACUGGAAGCUCAUUUGAAAAGGCACCAACCACCUGAUUCUCAUCUUGGGUCUGGGAGCCACCCCUAUACAGGGCUACAAGAUAGCUCACAUGGUGUAUCAGUCUCAAUGAGCAGCCCCAGUCUGGGACACUGUGACCCCUACCUCGAGGCCAGCCAGAGGACUGUUGAAAAAAAUAUGGCAAAUGAGGCCUAUUAUGACAUGAUGGGCAACUUGCAAAAGAACAUGCCCAGGGCACACUAUAUGAGUAUUAAUGUUGAAACUGGAGAUGGUCUUCUUAUGGGUGCGGCUGAUCCAGAGGAUGACAACAGUCUGUUUACAGAAAGUGAAGCAACCAACUGGACCUCAAACCACUCUGCAAAUAACAAUAGCUUAAACUUUGAUGGCAGACAAUCCAGGGGGUUUCCUGACACCUAUCUUGAUUUACACCACAGUACACCUUCCUCCCGUGUACAGAACCCAAGGCAGACAACAGUAGAAGCAUGUGACAAUUCCAAAAGUAAUCCCUCCCAUAUUUUCAAAACACCCUUGUAUAUGGAAGCCACAGGCAGCAACCCAUCCACCAUUAACAUUCCAUACACAGAUUCAGAGUGUGGAUCAUACAUACGUCUGUGCUGUGAGGAUAGGAAGGAGGUAGAGUCAUCUGCCAAGUUUCAUUCAGCCCCAGAAAAACAACAAAUUAUUUAUCCAGCCCAGAAGAAUGCUCCUCAUCUGCAUGUCAGAGAGAAUACGAUACAGUUCCCAGUAGGGGGUUACACCAGUAAGAAUCUAGUUUCUCUUCCAGCUGAGACAGCAGUGACUCCAGAGAAUCUACUCACUGACAGAAGCACAAGCCCCGCACAAGACAUAAAAUUCCGAUCAGAGGGUCCUGCAACACUAAGUGGGAAGAAGAUUCCGUGCCCCACGGCUCUGUCAGAGUGUGUCUUAGAGUGCAGUCAUACAGGGAGCAGCUGGGUGGAGCCCGGCUGCUCUAGCAUUAGCUUGGUGGACAUUGAUGACUGCAGUGAUGACGACAUCACUGACAUUACCUCUGGUGUGUUUCCAGAGUCUCCUGUGGACUAUGCAGAAGUGAGUGAUUCUAACUUGGUACAAAGACCAUUGCACAGAGAAAUGCGAAGCUGUGACACUGAGGACAUUAUUGACCUUGCAGCUAGUAACAGUCCUAGUGAGGCCUUCAUGCAAGAUGCUUACCACAUGUCCAUCCAACCCAAAUCCCUGGAUAGUGGCUAUGACACAGAGAACAAUGAGUCUCCUGAGUUUGUCAUGAAGGACUUGGAGGGUAAGCCAGUCCUUAGUACUAGUAUGGAAUCAGAGUGUGAAAUGGUCCUCCAGAUGGACCUUGAAAAUGAUGAUGAUGUAGUCCUGACCCCAGCUUGCAGUAGUAAUCUGGAGUUGACCAGCCUGGGUGAGAGAAACAAGUUCAGGGACUCUGCUUAUUUUUCAGACUAUGACACAGAGAAUGACAAGAGUCCAUGUGAAGCAGGAAGCACCUUCUUUGAUAACCAAGUGGAGGAUGAUGUUUUUGGACACAAACCUGCAAAAGACAACUCUCUCAGGAAGGCAGGGAGAGAGGGAGGGUGCCCAGUGAACCAGAGAGAGGAGGGGUAUCAUUUUGCAAGGCUGAGAGAUAGCACAGAUGAUGCUGUUCUCAGUGUCAAACAGUUGUGUCUUGAGAAGAAGAACAUGGAGUGUGAUCUAGGUUCAUCUCCUGCAUCAGCUCCAGGAAUCACCAUGUUAUCCCCCUUUCCCCCAGAGAUGGGGGGAUGUUUGACCAAAGAGUCUGCUCCAGAUGACGGCCUUGGGCUAGAAGCUGAGCACUCUGGAGAAGAUCCAGCUUCUGAGUGCUGCUCCAACACAGCCUCUGAAGGCUCAUCCACAACACAGGAAGCCACAACGAUGGAGGACCAAGCUAGUGGUGCCACCAGGGACUUUUCAUCUGCAGACUCCCUGGGUUCAGACUCCACUAUAGUGGAGUUCAGCAGGGAGUCUGUGAAAGAAGCUGAAGCUGAAGCCGAAGACUGUGAGGACAUGGAAAACAAUACAGAGUGUCAGAUGGAUGGAAAAGAUGAGGAGAAGCAAGGAGUGAAAAAAGAGGAGGGAGUGGAGGAGGACAGCAUUGACCAAGCACUUUUAAGAGUCAAGCGGGACAGUUCUCUGGACAACAUUCUGCCUGCCUUACCAGAGGACCUGGAUAUACCAGCACCCCUAGGGAACAGCGAGGAAGCAGACGAGGAAGACUCAGAUGACAGCGAUGAGUCUGACGAAGAGCUGCGCAGCUAUAGUGUGCAAGAGCAGAGUGAGGAGAGUGAGGAGGAGUUCACUACCGUGCCUGUGGUGGUGAGUGAGCGGAGCAGUGCUCGCCAUCUGCGCAGCCUCCUCAAAAUGCCCUCACUGCUCACUCAAUCCUUUUGUGACGAGCUGGAGCGCAAGAAAAAAGCUGUCUCCUUCUUUGAUGAUGUCACAGUGUUCCUGUUUGACCAGGAGAGCCCUACAGGGGAACUAGCAGAAUACACAUUUCCACCUGGGGCAGAACCUAAUGGCCAGGCUGCAGUGGGCGAGCAACUUCGACCACAGAGAGCUGGUACCUCUGAUAACUCCUCAGAUGAAAAUGUCUCAGAAUGUGAGACCUACGAGUGGGAGGAAGAUUUUCCCAGUCCUUCAACAUUAGAACCGGCUUCUGAUGGUAUUAGCACACCCCCCAACUCUCCAGUCAAGUCUCCAGAAGAAAAACCAGAACCCCAGUUUUCCCGCUUCAGUAUUUCUCGCUUCUCCAUUACACAGGUGUCUGAUUCAGACAUGGACACCAUGGGAGGAAGCGCUAUGGAUGGAGAUCAGGCAUGAGAGGACCAGUUUUGACACAUUUGAAGGACAACACAUCCAGAACCCUUUUGGCCUGAAAAGGCUGUAGAUUUGUUGUUUUAUUAAAUGUCCUGGACGAGGGAUCUUCUGAAUCUGAUAUCCUUUUUCGGACACAGUGCCUCAUACUGUAGUGGAAUGACAUUAGCCUUACUUCCUUUUGUCUCUAGACAGAUGGCAGUAGUGUGACAUAGUCUGAUAAGGACAACAGUUAAAAGAACAGAAAAAUAAAUCUAUAUGUAUCAGAAAAAUUUAUGUAUGUAUUACAAAAAUAAUAUAUGAUAUAACUUAUUUGCAACAUUCAGUAUCAACACUCAUACUGCAACAAGUCAUUUUUUUACAAACUGUAGCAACCAUAAAAAGGUAUUACUGCGCUGCUCAUUGCCUUGCGGUUCCCCAUCUUUAUCAUAAAUUUCUCAGAUCUUCCAAACACCAGAGUGAAAGCCAGCAGGCUUAGUGAUAAAAGGAAGUUGUGACUUGUCAAUCAGGACGUGUCAACUGCUGGGAGUGUACAAACAAGCCCCUGUGAUAGAGCCCCAGAUUAGAGACCCUUGAGAUUCAAGAGGAAAUCCAUAGUUUUCUCUGGAGGCAAUCACUUCUGACUGCGUUAAGCGAAAAUGUUGUAGCUCAGGUAAAUUGUAUGAGGGAUGCUAAAUUGGUGUUGAUGAAAUCAAAGCUUAAGGCACAUUAGAAAAGAUGCUUGUGUUUGACAUAUCUCCUCACUAAAGAAACAACUUUCCCCUCUCCCCCUUUGUGCUGCUAUACACUUUGAAGAUGAGGCAAAGAUUAUGGAAAUGCACUUUCUUUGUUGAAACCUAGAGGUCAUGUGCAAAUCAAUUUCCACACUGAUCAAAUGAAAUAUCAGGAUGCCUGUUUAUGUCUAUCUAUAUAGAUCCAGUUAAAGUUUAUCACAGUCUAGUUUCUCUCACUGAUGUUGGCCUUUAUAUUAAAGUGACACUUCAUCUUCAUGCUGAGGAAAGGAUUGAGCAUUUCAACGGGUGCUAUUAGAACAUGAGUUUGCAUAUCCAUUAGAGUCUUUUAGUGUCCAUUUCCCACACUAGUGUUGCACAUUGAAGAAUGAGCUGUAAAUAGGCAGUUACGGGGUCUUCAUGAUUCUGCUUUCAAAAUAUUAAAUCUGUUACCCUAUCAUCGCCUUAACUACAAAAGGAGUACAUAUUAGAUCCGAUCACAUGUUAAUUUACCAAGUUUUACCUACCUGGUUAGGAUGUGAGUUUUAAAGGACAAUGCCACAAUUUUGCAAAUAAACCUCAUCUUUCAUAUGGGUGAUAUAUCCAUUACUGUUAAUACAUCUGUGGAGUUAAAUGGGUCUUGAAACUAAGCAGGGAAAAAAAAGUAGCCAAACAUACCAAACAGGCAUGGAACAGAGGCUUGAAAAAUGCCAGAGCCCAAAUAUUUGACAUUCUCCAUUUCUAUGGCCCAUUUUAAUGCUUCUACUGCCAGGGUGCCUUUUUAUGAUGUGGAGAAGCAGAUCUUAAAAGUGAAGUGAGUGAAGUGAAACUGUUUUAUGUGGGAUUUUCAUAGGCUAGUUGUUAGGACUUGCUCCUAGAAUAUAGUCGGUGUCGUAUCAAAACCUGGUUACAAGGUUUUGAUAUGAAACUUCAUAUGUAUUUUUUUUUCCAAUGCCUCAGAUGCCCUUUAUAUUGAAAUUUUAUUUAAUUUCAUUAAUGUGCAUUAAGAAUAAGAAUGUUUUUUUUUAGUUAUCCUGCAUAUUGGGUUCUGUUACGACAACCACCAAUCUGUUCUUCUCAGUCGGGUCAGACCUUUACAAUUCAAGAAUUACUACAUGACAAACAUGUAAAGCUAUGAAAGAAGUACUGUGCAGUUAUAAUAGGUCUGUCUGCUUCGGUACAUUUCUCAUAAAAGUAUCUAAUUCACAUCAUCACUGUCUGCAUGCCUUACUUGCUUACAACAAACUUUUAAGUUAUUUGCAAAACAAAACUGUGUUGUCCUUUAAAACAAAGUCCCAGAGUGACCAAUGGCAGCUGUUGAAAAUGUGCCCCUGUGCUUCAAAUGGUACCUCAUGAUGUAUGAAGAAGCUGGAUCUUUAAAACUCUGUACUCAGAGGAAAAUCAGCAGAGCAUAUCAGUGUAACGAGAGAAACAGGAGCGUGGAACAAUUCAGCCGUCCAACCAAUGGAAGUGAUAGUACGUGGACUUCACUCCUGUCUCCACACAUUGUCCAAGUUCAGUCAGUUUUCUGUGUUAGUGACCUGACUAUAUAAGAUGUUCUCUGUACCAUGUUUCACACUGAAAACUGUAUAAAUGUAUGGUACUUGGUCUUACUACAGUUGCACAGGUCAUGCUCACCCUAGCACCACUGGGCUGCAUCCAUAGUCCAUUACUGUGCCAAUAUUUCCAAACAGGCAUCAUUACUACCCUGUUCCUCUCUAUCUGCCUUGCAGGCCUUUUAUAAUCUGUGAAAUCUUGCAGCAUUUUGUGCUAUUUUUACAGUGCAAAACAUAUCAGUGCUUUAUAGAGGACAGGUCGAUGGCUGUUUAUAGUUGCCAAAGCGAUAUCCAACGAUCAAAAGCCCCGUGAAUCAUCCUAUUACAGCGUGCUGGUGUGGUGCAUUUGUUCCUGCACCUGUAGUAACAUCAUGGCUGUUGCUCCAUUUCUCCCCAUACAUGCCAACUGUAGUAUUCCAAAAAAUAAAUAAAUAAACCAAACCUAUA